CGGCGCUGUGUGCACGACUGUACUGCAAGGUUUAUGUGCUAACUUUUGUGUGUGAUUGUACGAGAACGUUUCAGUCAAAGUUUGGUGAAAAUUACUGACAAUGUCAAGUCCGAAACUCCUGGCCGCGUGUCUCUUUCUAUCCCUGGUGGGAGUAGGCAACAGCAUCAGGUGCUGGCAAUGCGGCCAGUACAGCGACGGAGUGGGUUCCAUCACGCCCUGCAACAACCGCACUGCAGCCAAGUUGGAGGAGUGCCCGAGCAACGCCAGAUAUUGUAUCAAAUACGUCAGCGAGCUUACGGUGGUCAGAGACUGCGUGCCGACAUGCAGCGAAAAAGAAUGGUGGGGCGCGCGCACAUUCUGUUGUAAUACGGACGAAUGUAACGCCGCGUUCACACGGACUCCGGCGGCGGUGCUCAUUGCGACGUUAGCGCUGCUCGCGCGCUGACCGCUCGUGUGAACACACCUUUGUUUAUGCAGAUUUUAUGCAAGUUUAAUUUUCACAGAUAAUGCCUUAUGCAAGUGGAUUUCGGUUAAGGCAUCUGGAGGUUCAGUUCAGCAUCAUUAGUUUUUAAUCUUAAUUUUUUUUUUAUUUAUUAUCUAAAAGAUGUAUGAUCCAUCUUUUAUUCUGUAGACAAUUGUUAAUUUCUUGAAUUUUUAGUCUGGUGUUUAAAAUCUUUAUAAAUUUAACUUUCUAAGGUUGGCGCACAUAUCUAGUCUAAAAUGAAAACAAAGUGUAUCUAUUGUUUUCAAAUUUAUUAUAAUUUCAUUGCAUUUUUACUUUUAUGCUUAAUAUUUAUGCGUGCCGAUCCUAUACAACUAUUUUUAUUUAAAAACAUGCAAUUUUAAAGCAAAUAAAAAUCUUUUUCAUAAUUUUGUGUACAGUGAGCAAUAUUUAAAUGUGACCUCCUUAAAUCGAUAGUCGAUAUACAUAGGGAUCAGAUUUCUAUACUACAUUGUACUUACUAUAUUUUAAAUUAAUUCCAUUGUCUUUAUUUUUAUUUUUUAAAUUAAUCAUGUGCGGUAAAAUCGCACUGCGUUAUUAGGUGUUUAUACUAAACAUAUUUUUACAUACAUACAUACAUAUGGUUACGUCUAUAUCCCUUGCGAGGUAGACAGAGCCAACAGUCUUGAAAAGACUGAAUGGCCACGUUCGGCUAUUUGGUAACAUAUUUUUAAGUUGAUGAAAAUAAUUAAUAACACUAAAAUAAAUACCGCAGUGCCGUUCUACUGAAAAUUUAUUUAAUUUUUUCUAUAUAAUGUGAUUAUCUUUACCACUUAGUGCACUGAAUUUGCUUCCAUAAACAAAUUGUGGUUCAAAAAUGCUUUAUAUUAUUUAACGAAAAUUAAAAAAAACUGUCUUAAAAUCUGAUGAAGUUUUCGCCGCAUUAAAAUUUAAAAGGAAAAUAUGUUAGGAAGUGUCUAGUCUGCCACCAGUGGUCAUUUAAUAAAAAUAAAUAUACUGCCACUCGUGGUUAGAUAAAAAAUUAUAUUAUUCUGCCGCUAUAGGCACAAUAACAAAUAAGGCUAUUCUGCCACAAGUGGCAAGUCAAACCAACAAAAUAUUCUACCGCUAGUUAGAGGCAGCAUACCUACCAAAAAUAAACAGCCACCAAAGCCGAGGCAAGCUUUUUGCGGCAAUUGAUAUACUUAUCAAAAAGUAGUAAAUGAUACACAAUUUCUAAGAAAUAUAUUUAUUUUUCAUGUACGAGUACAUAACAACGUUUAUUUAGAUAUUGUUCUUUUUUUUUCUUAACUCCUACUACUGUUAGAUCAUGUCCUUUGGGUCGACCUCUGCGUUUUCGGACAGCUGGUAAUCUUAUUGUUUGAUUAACAAGAGCAUUACAGGUCUGUGCAUACUUUUGUCAGGCAUAUUUUUGUCAUUUCUAUCUUCAGUUUUUACAUGUUUCUCAGCCUUUUCUAGAUUUUGUUUCUGUUCAACAGGUUUCUCUAUAUGUAGAUUUAUUUCAUUCUCAUCCUGUUUAUUAUGUAUUAUAAGUUGUCUCUCUGCAUAUUCUUUAUUUACUAUCUCUAAAUCUUCUGCAGUAUGGUCGAUUAUAUGUAUGUGCCUUAUUUGUUUUUAUCGUUACAUUUUCAUAGUAUUUUGUGUCUUCCUUUUCUGU